GCGAUGCUACUGCUCGCCCGGCGGCCGGCGCGGGCCAAGGACCCGGGGCGGAUUGGCAGGAGUCCCCGCCCGGGGCGCUCGCCGCCCUGGAGCCCCGCCUGGCUUUGCUUUGGGGCGCUCGCCGUCUGCCAGGCAGCCUGGGCUGGGGACUGGCCCUCCUCCGGCCGCCCGCUUCCUCCGUGCCAGGAGAAAGAUUACCACUUUGAAUAUACAGAAUGUGAUAGCAGUGGCUCCAGGUGGAGGGUCGCCAUUCCGAAUUCUGCAGUGGAUUGCUCUGGCCUGCCUGACCCAGUGAGAGGCAAAGAAUGCACUUUCUCCUGUGCCUCUGGAGAGUAUCUAGAAAUGAAGAACCAGGUAUGCAGUAAGUGUGUUGAAGGCACCUACUCCUUGGGCAGUGGCAUCAAAUUUGAUGAAUGGGAUGAGUUGCCGGCAGGAUUUUCCAACAUUGCAACGUUCAUGGACACUGUGGUGGGCCCUUCUGACAGCAGGCCAGAUGGCUGUAACAACUCUUCUUGGAUCCCUCGUGGAAACUACAUAGAAUCAAACCGUGAUGACUGCACAGUGUCUUUGAUCUAUGCAGUGCACCUUAAGAAAUCAGGCUAUGUCUUCUUUGAGUACCAGUAUGUGGACAACAACAUCUUCUUUGAGUUCUUUAUUCAAAAUGACCAGUGCCAGGAGAUGGAUGCCACCACUGACAAGUGGAUGAAGCUCACGGACAAUGGAGAAUGGGGCUCCCAUUCUGUAAUGCUGAAAUCAGGCACAAACAUCCUGUACUGGAGGACGACAGGUAUUCUUAUGGGCUCUAAGGCAGUCAAGCCUGUGCUGGUGAAAAAUAUCACCAUUGAAGGGGUGGCAUACACUUCAGAGUGCUUUCCAUGCAAGCCAGGCACUUUCAGCAACAAACCAGGCUCAUUUCACUGCCAAAUGUGUCCCAGAAACACCUAUUCUGAGAAGGGUGCCAAAGAAUGCAUAAGGUGUGACGAGGACUCCCAAUUUUCAGAGGAAGGAGCCAGUGAGUGUGGGGAGCGCCCGCCCUGCACUACCAAAGACUAUUUCCAGAUCCAUACCCCGUGUGAUGAAGAAGGAAAGACACAAGUGAUGUACAAAUGGAUAGAGCCGAAAAUCUGCAGGGAGGAUCUCACAGAUGCUAUCAGGCUGCCCCCUUCUGGAGAGAAGAAGGAUUGCCCACCUUGUAACCCAGGAUUUUAUAACAAUGGAUCUUCCUCUUGCCAUCCCUGCCCUCCUGGGACAUUUUCAGAUGGAACAAAGGAAUGCAGGCCAUGUCCAGCAGGAACUGAGCCAGCACUUGGGUUUGAAUAUAAAUGGUGGAAUGUCCUUCCUGGCAACAUGAAAACUUCCUGCUUCAAUGUUGGGAAUUCCAAAUGUGACGGAAUGAAUGGUUGGGAGGUAGCUGGAGAUCAUAUCCAGAGUGGAGCUGGAGGUUCUGAUAAUGAUUAUCUGAUCUUAAACUUGCAUAUUCCAGGAUUUAGACCACCAAUGUCUAUGACUGGAGCCACGGGUUCCGAACUAGGAAGAAUAACAUUUGUCUUUGAGACUCUCUGUUCAGCUGACUGUGUUCUGUACUUCAUGGUGGAUAUUAAUAGGAAAAGUACCAAUGUGGUAGAAUCAUGGGGAGGAACCAAAGAAAAGCAAGCAUAUACCCACAUCAUCUUCAAGAAUGCAACAUUUACAUUUACAUGGGCAUUCCAGAGAACAAAUCAAGGCCAAGAUAACAGACGUUUCAUCAAUGAUGUGGUGAAAAUUUAUUCUAUCACAGCCACUAAUGCAGUUGAUGGGGUGGCUUCUUCAUGUCGUGCCUGUGCCCUUGGUUCCGAACAGUCAGGCUCGUCAUGUGUUCCCUGCCCCCCAGGUCACUAUAUUGAGAAGGAAACCAACCAGUGCAAGGAGUGCCCAGCUGACACGUACCUGUCCAUCCAUCAGGUCUACGGGAAGGAGGCUUGCAUUCCCUGUGGGCCUGGAAGUAAAAACACUCAGGACCACUCAGUUUGCUACAGUGAUUGCUUUUUCUACCAUGAAAAAGAAAAUCAGAGUUUACAUUAUGACUUCAGCAACCUCAGUAGUGUGGGCUCAUUAUUGAAUGGCCCCAGCUUCACCUCCAAAGGAACAAAAUACUUCCAUUUCUUCAAUAUCAGUUUAUGUGGGCAUGAGGGAAGAAAGAUGGCUCUCUGUACCAACAAUAUAUCAGACUUUACAGUAAAGGAAAUGGUGACAGGGUCAGAUGAUUACACAAAUUUGAUUGGAGCAUUUGUAUGCCAGUCAACUAUUAUUCCUUCUGAAAGUAAGGGCUUCCGAGCAGCCUUGUCAUCCCAGUCUAUCAUUCUGGCAGAUACUUUUUUAGGAGUCACAGUUGAAACUACCUUGCAAAACAUUAAUAUCAAAGAAGAUAUGUUCUCAGUUUCACCAAGCCAAAUACCAGAUGUUCAUUUCUUUUAUAAGUCUUCCACAACUACAACAUCUUGUAUUAAUGGCCGAUCAACUGCUGUGAAAAUGAGGUGUAAUCCUACGAAACCUGGUGCAGGUGUGAUUUCAGUCCCCAGCAAGUGUCCAGCUGGCACCUGUGAUGGCUGUGCAUUCUACUUUCUGUGGGAGAGUGCUGAAGCUUGCCCUCUGUGCACAGAGCAUGACUUCCAUGAGAUAGAGGGAGCCUGCAAGAGAGGACUUCAGGAAACCUUAUAUGUAUGGAAUGAACCCAAAUGGUGCAUUAAAGGAAUUGCUUUGCCUGAGAAAAAGUUGUCGACCUGCGAAACAGUUGACUUUUGGCUAAAAGUGGGAGCUGGUGUUGGGGCCUUCACAGCUGUUUUGUUGGUGGCUCUAACUUGCUAUUUCUGGAAAAAGAAUCAAAAGCUGGAGUACAAAUAUUCCAAAUUAGUAAUGACAACUAACUCAAAAGAAUGCGAACUCCCAGCAGCAGAUAGCUGUGCUAUCAUGGAAGGAGAAGACAAUGAAGAGGAUGUUGUGUAUUCCAACAAACAGUCACUUCUUGGAAAACUCAAAUCUUUGGCAACGAAGGAAAAAGAAGACCACUUUGAAUCUGUUCAGCUGAAAUCCUCAAGAUCCCCCAAUAUAUGAAGAUACAGUGCUAUAGCUUUCAGACUAAUGAACAAAGAAACCUGCUCUCUAGUUUCACAGGACCAUAUGUUAGGGCUCAUUCUCACACCUGUCCUGUCUGUGAUCUCACAGAGGAGGGCCAUGCUGCUAAAAGGGGAAAGAGGUAGACAUGCUGACUGCCUUAUCACACAUUAUGUACUUUGUCAAACUAUGAACACAGAUGAUUUGGGUCUCAACUGAAGAUGAAGCUUAACUCAGGAAGAGAUUUAUCUGUAUAUACACAUAAUGGAAGCCCAAGUUUAAGCCCACCAGUGCACUGCUGAUGCAUGCCAUAUAAUUAAUGGGUAACUUUAAUUCUUUGUAAUGUCUGCACAAAAAAAUGUGUUGGAAGGCAGACAUGAGCAUAUGCUUUGUGAUCCCACGUAUGUCUUGUCUUUGUAAUUUGGGGAAGAUUUGAAAAAAUAUUUAAGGUAUAAUUAUUUUUUCCUUUAUUUUCCCAACAGACCUUGAAAACAUCUUUUCUAUUAAAAAUGACAACUAAUUAAAGACAAUAAAUUUUUCAUUUUUUUCGUAGGAUGUUUUCUCUUGAUUUCAGAAGCUUAAGAUAUUGGUGAUAUUUUGUGAAGUUAUUGAUUAUUAUCAGUUAUCUAAGCUGAUAAUCACUUGAAAUUUCCUUUUUGUUGGAACUGGUAAGAAGAAUUGGACUAAAAGGUUGAAGAAAUCUUAAUGGGUGGCAGGCAAGGAGAAACCUCGGCUUUCCAUUAAUUUUAAGCAGUCUGGUAUUAUCAAAAAGCCAAAGGACUUAAAGCAGUUUCUGUGGCACUUGAAGAACAAAGCACGUGGAAAAUCUUAUUUAUCAAAUCACAUGUACAGUCGUGAAGGAGAAGAGGAACAGCUUGUCCUUAAGUACAGAUAACUGUACUGAUUUACAUGGGUCAUUCCAUGGUCUUCAGUAAGGGUCAAUAGGAUAUUUCCUACACAUCAAGCACCAGCCAGAGUCUCUAUGGGUUUUUCUUUUUUCUUUUGCUACAAGACUUUGAGUUUCUUGGAAGAUUUUAUUUUUAAGCCAAUAAAGCAGAAAUUCAGCUUUGGGAAAUGCAUAGAGCUGUAUUCACAGUAAGAAUGUGACUGUAUCUUUAGCAGUUAUGAAAUAAGUAUUGUUCCUAUUCAAAAUUGAAUCAGAAAAUUGUGAUAUCUCUUAUGAUGGAUUAGAAAUAUUAACAUGACUUGGAUAUUAUUUUUUAAAGAAGCUUGAAGAUGGAUUUGAUCAGUUUUAUAUAAACUUUAGUACUGUGAGAGAGGAAGGUUCCUGGACUUUGGUUAUCUAAGGUCCUCUGGCUUGUUUGUAAUAAAUAGUAAUCUGUGUAGAUCUUAAUCCAAAAAUUUUAAAAUAUUUACAAUUGAGAGAGGCAAGGCACACGGGUUUUAAGAAUGUUUUUCAAUGAAGUAUGACUUGUAGUGUUUCAUUCUGUAGGUUGUGUAGUCUUUAUUUUUGUGGAAAAUGGGAAAAUAUGAAUAACUGUGUUUAUUGGUUAAUGAGUAAAAUACUGGACUAUUUUGCACUCACCAAAAGAAUGUGUGUGUAUGUGUGUGUAUGUAUUUCUACUGUUACAUAUGGAAAUAGGCAAUGUUUUAAUUAUAAGACUGAAGAGAAUGUUACUUUGCAUAAUUUCUUGCAUUUAAUUUCUUUAAUCUUUUUAUAAAGAAGAAAUUAUUUUGCUCUUGCUCAUUUCUGACCCAAUAUCAGAGCAUUAGCAUACCUUUCCCAUCUUGAUCAAAUUUUAACCAGAAGAAUGGAAAUAUGUUUGAAAUGCCAUUCAGAGGAGGAAUCUUGUCAGAGUUGUACAGACUGGACAGAGUGAGAAGGUGUCUUCUGUCACCUGUCACCCCUCAUCUUCUGCUGUCUCAACAUGUAUGUUCCAAGCCAUAGAGAUAAUUGGGAUUCUCCCUCAGGUAGCUUCUUUCUUCCCUUGUCACUGGACUAAAAUCUCUGACAUGUCAAAAAUGCCUUAAAUUUUAAUGAACUCUCUGAAAAUGCAGUUGAUAUUGAAGAAGGUAUUUAUUUUAUUUCUAAUUUUAGAUACUAAAUCGAUUUUUGUCAGCCAAGUCCUGUCUUUGGAUUCCAAUAUCUUGUCAUUUUAGUCUAAGAGCUGAAGAAAUAUGACAUGACAGAGAAAAUAUUAUGAGGAGAAUAUGAGGACCAAUUUUGGCUAUAAAAUCCACUUUAGUUUUAUGUCUGGCCUUUGAAAAACUCAGUGAAAUGUUGAAAGGCAUAAACAAAUUAAUUAUGCUUUGUGACUUUUAAUUGACAUUUAUUCUCCCUUCAUACCAGUGAUAGAAUAAGAUGUUAUUUGUUAUUUUUUCUAAAAGGUAUACUUUGAAGUCUUAAAUACUUCAUUAAGUCAACUGUCGCCGAUAACAUCUCUUAGCACUGUGUCAAAACAUAUCGAAAUCAAUUUUUCACUGGAUGAGAACAUGUCUCUGGAUAAAUUAUAUAAUGCCAUUUAACAAUGUUGAGCAAUUUGAUAUCUGUUCACUUGAUUUAAAAGAUUGAAUUUUAUUAUUGUUGACUUUCUCCCUCUUUGGUUAUUAAUAAUCAUAUCCUUCUUAGGAUUAAAAAUAUUUCAUAGGACUUUUGUGUAGAUUUUUGUCAUUAUUUUCUUUCCAAAGAAAAAAGAUGGUUUAAACCCAUGCUGUGAAAGAAUUAUUCAGGCCCAGUCACUUACCGUCUGUGGUCUUCAGGUCCUCAGGUGGUGGGUAAUGGUCAGUUCUGCUUCUUUAAGCCCCGUCUGGCCACGUGUCAUUUGAUGUCUUUUGGUAGCACUAAUCCCUAUGGCUCAUGGUCAUUCCUAGUGGGAAGCUAAUGUGUUACUCUUUUCCUCAUGAAGACAAGUUUCUUGUUUAGAGUGAGAUGUGUUGCUCACAUUUAUCAUCUCAUAGGUAGAAGAGAUCUUCAGAGAAGGGGAAGUUGACAUGUAAAAUGGCUCCAGCAUAGAUUCUUGAGACUAGCACUGGAGGAGCUUCCCUGGUUUGUUCGCCUUUGCUCAUGGAGGAUGCACCCCAGUCUUCACCCAUUUUCCGGAUUCUGUUUUACUAUGGAACUGAAACAGGCAUUUAGGAUUCCUUUAGCAAGUGUUGGUUCAAGAAACAUCUCCAGCUUCUUUAAAUGAAAUGUCACAUUAAGGAUUUUCAUUUGUUGGACUUUUCUUCAUUUUAAUAACUCUGGAAAGAAGGUUCUGUUUAAAACAGUUUGUGAAUUUGAAGUAGAUUGGGGCAAUAUUUCCUUCAUGUCAGACAACUGAUUAUAAAGUUCUACCAGUUGCACUUCAAAUAAAAGAGUGAGAGUUACAUAAAUCCAAACCUGCUAUCUCAGAGCAACAUGGGUAAUUGCCUUACCCAUGGGUGUGGGCUUUUGUCUUUAGAGCUCUAGUUAUAAUCCAUCUUCCUAGCUUUUCACGUUUUUUGGCUUAACUUGCAACCCUUUUUGCAAAAGCUGCUGGAUUUAAAAUUAUCAUGGUGGGCAGGCGGAUGCAGCAGGGGCUAGCUGAGAAAAAGUGUGGAGUUGAGGACUGUAAAGGCAACUGGAAGAAAUUACCUUUCUCAGCCAUUCUUUGCAUCUGUCCUCUGUGUGGUCUAGAAGCCAGGUUGCCUCGAAGUUUAAAUAUAGGAGCUGCUUUAUUUCACCAUGAUUAAUUUGGGUAGGUAGGAAAAACCUAUUAAUAUUUAAACUAGAGAGGACACAGAGUACCUCAGAAUCUGUAACUAUUCAUAAAAUCAAGGAUAAUUAAGUAGAUAGGUUCUGAAAAGCUUUUCUUGAAUAGGAUCUACCAUUGAGUUUGGGAUCCUUAAAUUUAGAGAAGUGGUGCAAAGAUAGAUUGGCUCAGCUAGCUUUAAAUUCUGGAAGGAUGAAAUGCUUUGUGUGGGGAAAAAAGUCCCCAAACUUAUUUGUUUAAAAUGUCUUACAUAAAAAGAUUUUAAAGCAUCUAUUUUCCAUACAUAUGUUGAAUGUUUAUAAAAAUUAUUUUGGGGCUGGAGAAAUGGCUCAGUG